ACAAACACAUAUAAUACUACAUACUCACAUUUAUGUACAUAUACAUACAUACCCAAAUGUAUAGAUGUAAACAAUAAUAUAAGAGUUUUAAAAAGUCCACUCUCUGAGUUAGCAAAAGCGAGUGAAUUAUAAGUGCUUUUUAUUACAUAAAAGUUUACAAAUCAUUUUUUGGGAAAGCAUUUUUCCAUAUUCAUAUAAUAUCUAAUUCUGGAAAACCCCAGAACAUACUAACCAUACACAUCAUUAAUUUGAGAAAUCAAAAUGUGUUUCAUUAAUUAUUUAUUUGAUUUUAAUAUACGCUACAGAUUGAAAAAAUUUUAAAAUUUCUCUUAAAUUCUUCAGCUUUAUAAAAUAGAAAUAUACAAAAUUACCGAAGUAAUGUGUCCUCCAGCAUAUCCCAUUGAAAUAAUUCCAAUUGUACAUUACAACUAUAGUAAUUUUGAUCCAUCAGCACCACCGCUAACGCCAUCGUUUACGCCAUCAUUAACGCCACCGCCAAGCUAUGAGGAAAGUGAAAAUCAUUAUUUUUCAUCUACUGAGAAUGAAAAAGAAAAAUUUUUAAUUCCAAGCUACGAAGAAAGUCAAAGGGAAUAUUAUUCAUCAAUGAAAAAUAAAUCAACUCAUUUUGUUUUAAAACAUGGAUCCAAAACAGAAUUCGGACCAAAACCACAAAUGGCUAAUUGUACUUACUGUGGUAAAAGUGGUAUAACUGUGGUUAAACAUAAAAUUGGUCCCAAAACAAAUAUUGCGGCUUUAUUAAUGUUUUUGUCAGGAUUGUGGUGUUUUUGUUUGAUGCCUUACUAUGUUAACAGUUUAAAAUAUGGUCUGCAUCAUUGUACGCAUUGUGAACAUUUUCUUGGAACGUAUGACAGAUAAAAAUCAAUUCUAUUAAUUUUAAUUUUUUUAAAAUCAAAAAUGUAUGAAAUGUGAUUUGGGUUAUUGUUUUAAUGUGUACAAAAUUUAGAAUAAAUAUUAUGUAAAAUCUUUCACAUAUGAAGAUUAUGAAUCCGCAUUCAUAAUCUAUUUGAAUAUUGUAAUUAAAAACUUAUUCUAAUAUAUUUAAGCAUGCAUUCUAUAAACAUAAA